GCGAAGCACCCUCUCACUCUUUGAAUUUCAUUUAGACGCGCUACUCGUGUUUUCUUUACCACUUAAAAAUAUUAAAAAAUAUAUCUAAAAAAAGGAAUCAAAUAACAUCCGGUUUCAGUACAUCUUUCUCAGAAACACAGAUACCGCGUUGUUGGCCAAAAACAAUACAAACGUAUAAUCAUCUGUAUACAUUUAUUCACAUUGUUAUAUAAUUCUACAAUACCUAAUAAUUAUUGAUUUCUGCGCCAUGAGUUCGACAAUAUGUCGUGUUUGCCUGAUGAACAACGAAACAAUGGUUAAUAUUUUCGACGCAAAACACGAAUCUGGGAUCUCAAUUGCGAGUGUGAUAUCGAAGUGCACCGGCUACAAAGUUGAACUAGAAGAUCGACUUCCCAAAAACAUUUGCGAAUUAUGCCUGCAGGAUGCGCAGAACGCAUUUGAUAUAAUAGACACUUACGAGAGGAGCCACCAAAUCUUCAGCUUUUUCAUAGAUGUACGAAAACGGGAACGGGAAAGUCCUCAUUCCAAUUGCUCCAAGGAAGGGACAAUCGAGAAAGAGGAAUCACAUGCUUUAAAGAGAGCUGAAGACGAGAUGGAGAGGAGCCACCAAGUCUUCAGCUUUCUCAAAGAUGUACGUGAAGAAAACCAGGAUAGUACUGAUUUCAAUUGCUCCGAGGAAGGGACAACCGAAAAAGAGGAAUCACAUGGAGAAAAUGGAAAAAUGGAAAAUGGAAAAGGGGAAGAUAAUGAUAACGACGACGGGCUUGACGAUAAUUCAAACUAUGUGCCUAGUUCCAAAGAUGGCAACUCAAAAAGCGUCGGUGGUCAUCGGCUUAAUUGUCCCCAAUGUGGGAAAACUAUCCACAAACGAAGCCUCAAACGACACUUGCAAACCCACAUAGAAGAUAGACCUCAUAAGUGUUCCCACUGCUCAAAAUCAUACACCAGCCAUCCCCAACUUAAGCUACACUUGAACACGCACUCAGAAGAACGAGCAUUUAAGUGUUCCGUAUGCUCAAAAGCUUUUAAGCAGAAGUCUCAUCUUGCGCAGCACUUGCGAAUCCAUACAGGAGAACGACCAUACAAAUGUUCUAUCUGCUCAAAUUCAUUUAGACUGAACUCAACUAUGUUGAGCCACAUGCGAACCCACGCUGAAGAACGACCCUUUGGGUGUUCCCAGUGCUCAAAAACAUUCAGACAAAAAUCCGGUCUUCGAGGUCACAUGACAACCCACAGCCAAGAACGACCGUAUAGCUGUUCCCACUGUCUUACAUCGUGUCGCAAAAAAUCAAAUCUUAUGAAACACAUGCUAACGCACACAAGGGAACGACCUUUUAAGUGAUAUCAAUGCUCACGAGCUUUCAAUUUAAAUAUUACAUAGUGCGUGACUCUGAAGUGCACUCAAAAAAAUAAUCUUACAAGUGAUUUCACUGCUCAACAUCUUUAUACCCUUGCAGAGGGUAUUAUAAUUUCAGUCAGAAGUUUGCAACGCAGUGAAGGAGACAUCUCCGACCCUAUAAAGUAUAUAUAUUCUUGAUUAGCAUCACUAGCAGAGUCGAUCUAGCCAUGCCCGUCUGUCCGUCCGUCUGUUUCUACGCAGAACGAGCCGGAUCGGACGACUAUAGCCUAUAGCUCCCAUAGGAACAAUCGAAAAAAAAAAUAAAAAAAAUUAUAACUUUGCUGUUUUCUAAUUUUUUUUUAGUUCUGCGACAUAUAGU